UCCGCUGCCCACUGGCGAGCGGUGGCGCGCGCUCAGCUCGCUGUAGCGCAUGCCACCACACGCGCGGCCGCAGCCCGGGCAACGUGACCGUCGAUGGCGCUACUGCUGCUGCUGAGUGCAGCCGCUGCGGUGGAAUGAGUGGGAGCAGCGGCCAGGCAGUGGGUUACCAGCUACGUUUUGCUGUUACCGCCGCAGUGAAAGCUUACUUCGGGGUCCGGGAAUUAGUGCCGGGUCAGUGAACGGCGAGGCUGGUUGCCCGCACCCCCCCUCCCCAGCCCCAUCGCCCCGGCUUGCGCGCGCGCACACCGUGAGAGAAUUUCAUGCGAACCGGCCGACUCCCGGGCUCGUGCGGCGCCGGCCGAGAUGUGGACACCGACCGAGGAGGAGAAAUUUGGCGUCGUGAUAUGCAGCUUUCGUGCUUCAGUGCCUCAAGGACUUGUACUGGAAAUUGGCGAAACUGUUCAGAUUUUGGAAAAGUGUGAAGGAUGGUUCAGAGGAUUUGCAACCAAGAAGCCUUCAGUUAAGGGUUUAUUUCCAGCAAGUUACAUUCACUUGAAGGCAGCUGUGGUUAGUAACCGAGGCCAAUUUGAAACAGUUGUUCCACUGGAAGAUUCUAUUGUUACUGAGGUCACUGCCACAUUGCAAGAUUGGGUGAUGCUCUGGAAACAACUCUAUGUGAAACACAAGGUGGAUUUAUUUUACAAACUGCGGCAUGUAAUGAAUGAACUGAUCGACUUGCGGAGGCAGCUUUUGUCUGGUCAUCUCACCCAGGACCAAAUUCGUGAUGUCAAGCGACACAUCACAGUCCGCUUGGAUUGGGGCAAUGAGCAAAUGGGCAUGGACCUGGUACCCAGGAAGGACUUUGAAAUGGUUGAUCCCGAUCAGAUAAGUGUAGCAGAUCUCUAUAAACUGCACCUGUCCAGCAGACAUAAUAUACAGCAGAGUACCACACAGACGGACACCAUCAGGCAUCGUCACAGCGACACAUGCCGGAUCCCUGUUCCCCACCAUCUCUUCCUGAACAUGAAGAGUUUUACUUACCAUACCAUUGGAGAAGAUACUGACAUCUUCUUCUCUCUUUAUGACACCCGAGAGAGCAAACAGAUCAGUGAGAGGUUUAUGGUGAGGCUGAACAAGAAUGGAAUGCCGAGAAACCCAGAGAAGAUAGAGCGGCUGUGUGCACUGUUUACGGAUCUGAGUAACAAGGAUCUGAAGCGAGAUCUCUACAUAGUUGCUCAUGUUAUACGAAUAGGUCGAAUGUUAUCCAAUGAUUCAAAGAAAGGCCCCCCUCACAUACAGUACCGACGCCCAUAUGGAUGUGCAGUGCUGAGCAUGAUGGACGUCCUGCCAUCUGUUUCUGAAGUUCGUGAGGAAAAGGAUUUUGUUCUAAAGGUUUAUACAUGCAAUAAUGAGAAUGAGUGGCAUCAAAUCCAUGAAAAUAUAAUUCGUAAAUCCAGCAACAAGUACACUGCAGCCAGCUCUAAUUAUGGAAUGAUCAUUUCUCUCCAGCUGCUUCGAGGUGAUAUGGAUCAUAUUCGCAGAGAGAAUCCCAUAAUCUUUAACCGGGGAGUGGCCAUCACCCGCAAACUAGGUUUUCCUGACGUCAUCAUGCCAGGUGACAUCAGGAAUGAUCUGUAUCUGACAUUGGAACGAGGGGAUUUUGAGAGAGGUGGAAAGAGUGUUCAGAAGAACAUUGAAGUAACAGUGUACGUUCUUUAUGCAGAUGGAGAAGUACUGAAGGACUGUAUUAGUCUGGGCUCUGGAGAGCCCCCUAUAACUGAGCAUUGCUCCUUUGUGAUGUAUCACAACAACAGUCCACGAUGGGGUGAGAUCAUCAAGCUGCCCAUUCCAGUCGAUAAAUUCAGGGGUUCACACCUUCGGUUUGAAUUCAGACACUGCUCAACAAAAGACAAAGGAGAAAAGAAGCUUUUUGGUUUUGCAUUUACACCAUUAAUGCGAGACGAUGGUACAACACUUUCAGAUGACAUUCAUGAGCUGUAUGUCUACAAGUGUGAUGAAAACAGCACAUUCAGUAACCAUGGGCUGUACCUGGGUCUCCCCUGUUGUAAAGAAGACUUUAAUGGCUGCCCCAACAUCCCAUCCAGUCUUAUAUUCCAACGAAGUACCAAGGAAUUCUUCUGGAUCUCAACCCUACUCUCAUCUACUAAACUGACACAGAAUGUUGAUCUCCUUGCCUUUUUGAAGUGGAAAACACAGCCAGACAGAGUGAUGGACAUCCUGGGAAGGCUGCGUCAUGUCAGUGGUGAAGAAAUUGUUAAAUUUUUACAGGACAUUUUAGAUACACUGUUUACAAUUUUGGAUGACAACACAGAGAAAUAUGGCUUGCUGGUAUUUCAGUCCUUGGUGUUCGUAAUAAAUUUGCUGCGGGACAGCAAGUAUUAUCACUUCCGGCCUGUGAUGGAUACCUACAUUAAGAAGCACUUCUCUGGUGCACUGGCAUACAAGGAGCUAAUCCGAUGUCUGAAAUGGUACAUGGAUCGAUCUGCAGAAGUUGUAAGACAAGACCACAUUCAAGAGGCAAUGAGGGCCUUGGAGUAUUUGUUCAAGUUUAUUGUGCAGUCACGGAUCUUGUAUUCAAGAGCAACAGGUGGGAUCGAGGAGGAACAGUUUCGUACCAGCAUUCAGGAACUCUUUCAGUCCAUCCGCUUUGUCCUGAGUUUGGAUAGCAGAAGUUCUGAGACCCUCGUCUUCACCCAGGCGGCUCUUCUCAACUCCUUCCCUGCAAUCUUUGAUGAGCUACUGCAAAUGUUUACAGUGCAGGAAGUGGCAGAGUUUGUGAGAGGAACAUUGGGCAGCAUGCCCAGCACAGUACACAUUGGUCAGUCAAUGGACAUAGUCAAGCUGCAAUCCAUCGCACGGACUGUGGAUAGCCAUCUCUUCUCAUAUCCAGACUCCCGUCGAAUCCUGCUGCCCGUCGUUCUCCAUCAUAUUCACCUGCACCUGCGGCAGCAGAAGGAGCUGCUCAUUUGCUCUGGGAUCCUCAGCAGCAUCUUUUCCAUCAUGAAGACCAGCUCCCUGGAAUACUCAAUAUCAGAAGAGGUCGAAAUGAUGGUCGAGAGUCUUCUUGAUGUCCUUCUACAGACCCUGCUUGCUAUCAUGAAUAAGUCCCAGAUGGCGGAGGCGGUAAGAGGACAGCGCUGCCCACAGUGCACAGCAGAGAUAACUGGUGAGUAUGUCACUUGCCUACUGUCCCUGCUUCGACAAAUGGGAGAUAACCACUACCAACACUUGCUAGAUAAUUUCCAGAGCAAGGAGGAGCUCAAGGAUUUCUUCUUAAAAAUAUUCUGCGUGUUCCGUAAUUUAAUGAAGCUGAGCGUAUAUCCACGUGAUUGGAUGGUGAUGAGACUUCUAACCAGCAACAUCAUUGUUACCACUGUCCAAUACCUGUCCCCAGCAUUACACAAGAACUUCACAGAAACAGAUUUUGAUUUCAAGGUAUGGAACUCAUACUUCAGCUUGGCUGUUUUAUUUAUAAAUCAGCCAAGCCUUCAACUGGAGAAUGCCACUCCCGCCAAAAGGAAGAAGAUUUUGGAUAGAUACGGUGAUAUGAGAGUGAUGAUGGCCUAUGAACUCUUCAGCAUGUGGCAGAAUCUGGGUGAAAAUAAGAUUCAUUUCAUCCCAGGAAUGAUUGGCCCCUUCUUGGGUGUGACAUUGGUGCCACAGAUCGAGGUUCGGAAUGUAAUGAUCCCAAUCUUCCAUGACAUGAUGGACUGGGAACAGCGAAAGAAUGGCAGCUUCAAGCAGGUGGAAGCAGAACUCAUCGACAAGCUGGACAGUUUGGUGUCAGAUGGAAAAGGAGAUGAAAAUUACCGUGAGCUUUUCAGUCUCCUUACCCAGCUCUUUGGGCCUUAUCCUAGUUUAUUAGAGAAGAUUGAACAAGAAACAUGGAGAGAGACUGGUGUUUCCUUCGUAUUGUCUGUAACACGCCUCAUGGAACGUCUGCUGGAUUACAGGGAUUGUAUGAAAGGAGAUGAUGCAGAAAAUAAGAAGAUUGGUUGUACUGUUAAUUUGUUGAACUUUUACAAGUCAGAGAUUAACAAGGAGGAGAUGUACAUCCGUUAUAUCCAUAAACUGUGUGACAUGCAUCUACAGGCUGAUAAUUACACAGAGGCAGCAUUUACACUGAUGCUGUACUGGGAACUGCUUCAAUGGGAAGACAGACCCUUGCGGGAGUUUCUGCACUACCCAGCACAGAGUGAGUGGCAGCGCAAGGAGGGAUUGUGUCGCCAGGUCAUCAACUACUUCAACAAGGGGAAGUGCUGGGAGUUUGGGAUCCCUCUCUGUCGGGAACUGGCCAGUCAGUACGAGGUCUUCUAUGAUUACCACAGUCUCAGCUGGAUUCGGAAAAUGGAAGCUGCAUAUUAUGACAAUAUACUAGAGCAGCAGCGCCUAGAACCAGAGUUCUUCAGGGUUGGAUUUUAUGGCAGGAAGUUUCCAUUCUAUCUGCGGAACAAGGAGUUUGUGUGUCGUGGUCAUGAUUACGAGAGGCUCGAGGCCUUUCAGCAAAGGAUGUUGACAGAAUUCCCACAAGCUAUUGCCAUGCAACACCUCAACCAGCCUGAUGAAACCAUCCUGCAGUCCGAUGCACAGUAUCUGCAAAUAUAUGCAGUGUGCCCAAUUCCAGAGAAUGUGGAUGUCCUCCAGAUGGAGAAAGUUCCGGACCGAAUUAAGAGCUUCUAUCGUGUAAACAAUGUCAGCCACUUUCGAUAUGACAGACCAUUUCAUAAAGGUUCAAAGGACAAAGAAAAUGAAUUUAAGAGCCUCUGGAUCGAACGCACAACCCUGACUCUCACACACAGCUUGCCUGGGAUCUCCCGUUGGUUUGAAGUAGAGAAGAGAGAAGUGGUGGAGGUGAGCCCUCUGGAAAAUGCCAUCUAUGUUGUGGAGAACAAAAACCAGGAGCUGAGAAGCCUCAUCAACCAGUACCAGCACAAGCAGCUGCACACUAACAUUAAUCUGCUCAGCAUGUGUCUGAAUGGAGUGAUAGAUGCAGCAGUGAAUGGAGGAAUAGCCAGGUACCAGGAGGCAUUUUUCCAAAAAGAGUACAUAGUGAACCAUCCUGAAGACAGUGAGAAAAUUAACCAGCUGAAAGAACUCAUGCAGGAACAGGUUCACAUUCUUGGAGUGGGAUUAGCAAUUCAUGAGAAGCUGGUACAUCCAGAAAUGCGGCCCCUGCACAAGAAGCUGAUAGAUCAGUUCCAGAUGAUGAGGUCCAGCCUUUGUCAUGAUCUUCCCGGAAUGGACAAGAUCAGCCCUGUGUGCUCUGGCUCCAGCACACCACGUGGAAGCCUCAUGUCUGGUCAUAAUCCUAUGAGUCCAGAAACUAUCAAGCUCAUGCAUAGGCACAGCCCCCUGAAUCUGAUUGGCUCCAACAGGCACUCCUCAUCGUCACUAUCCUCACAAACAUCCAGUGAAGUCGGGAACCUCGUCAUCCUCACAGAUGGACUAGUUGGAGACACUCCAGAUGACCUUUACCGCAUGCAGCUUGCUUAUGCUAACACCAAGUUCCAGGGCUCCAUGACGAAUGUCUCUGUUUUGUCAUCGUGCCAGGCAAGUCCAUCCACUUCUAGCCUGAGUUCCACACACUCGGCCCCUUCACAGAUGAUCAACUCGGCCCCAUCAAGCGCUCGAGGUUCCCCAUCAUUGUCUGACAAGUACCGUCAUUCACGGGACAUUAUGAUGUUGCUGCCUCCUCACAGGGACAGGCCAAGCAGUGCCAUGUAUCCAGCUAUGAUGGAGAAUGGACAGCCUUCUAGUUUCCAGCGGGCUUUGAUUCAACAAGUGGUCGGACCUUGCAAGCCAUGCAGUGACCCCAACCUCUCAGUCGCCGAAAAGGCGGUGCCUGCUGCUCCUAGUUGCUGGAGUCUAGACAGUGGAACCAGAGAUACAGUACCAUUCUUGUCAGGACAUGUGGGCACCAUUAUUGCGCCUCCAGUACCACCACGCACAUUACCACCUGGUCAUUUCUCUAUGAAUUUUGAUGCCUUCCAUCAUCAAACCAGUGAUAUACCACCUGCCCUACCUGCACGAACCCUACGUAAGUCUUCACUGCAUCCUAUACCUGCAUCACCUACCAGCCCCCAUUCAGGUCUUGAUGGCAGCAACUCCACUUUGUCUGGAAGCGCAAGCAGUGGAGUGUCCUCUCUGAGUGAAAGCAAUUUUGGCCAGUCGAUGGAGCCACCACGUGCUGACACCAUAGACUCUGUCCCCAGUCAGAUCUGGAACACAGACGAAGAUGGAGAGUCCCCUUAUAUACCAGUGAGGUACAGCCUGUCCGAGCCAGACGUCAUUGAGUCAGUCAAACCCCACCCAUGCCGCAGCCACUCAGCUCCCACAGGGGUCAUUCCUAAGGAAGCUCUGGAAACCCCAGUCUUGCCCCCAAAACCAUAUCAUCCCAGGCCUGCAUACACAGACAAUGACGAAAUACUUGAAGAAGGGAGCAGGCCAAAGAGUUUCACAUGCAAACUAUCUCAAUCUGGCCUAAGUGGUAAAGAUGACCAGGCCAAGGUACCAUGGGAACAUAGCAUCAAUCAAGAAUAAGUGACAAUGGGUUCUGAAAAUCAAGGUGUUCACUAGUUCAUCUUACAGGUGGCAGCCACCUCUGUUUAAUGUAAACAGACAACAUUUCUUUGAGAAAAUAACUGCUUUGAUUCAGAGAAAGGAAGUCUUUCUGUUUAGGGCGUGGUUGUUCUAUGAUUGCAUUUAUACUUAAGGAAUAUUGAAGUGUGUUGAAGAGAAUUCAAACCUUCAAACCCAAAUUCAGAGUAGUUUCUGUCACAACAUGCAUUUCACUUUGAUUAUUAGAAAGUAAAGGGAAAUUUACAGGGAUUCAAAACUUUAAAUAUUAUUCGUCAUUUCAUUAAGUGCCCUCUAAUUACCUCCAUUUUGGUUACUCACGUGUGUGUGUUCUAAUUUGCUAUUUUACAGUCUAACGUUCAAAAAAUAUUUAUAUUUCUGUCCUCAGUCUUCCAUCCAUGGCACUUCACUUUUGCUAAUAAUGGUGUCAAAUUAUGCCACUAAGGUCUCAUGCUUGCAUUAAGGACUAUUUCUAAAAGGUAGAAAGAAUACCAUCUGAAAUAGUGUAUCAGAGUGUAUCAACAUGAUAAAACUCUGUUGAGUUCAGACGUGGUACAUCCACAAUUAGCAUAGAAUUCACAUUAAUCUGCAUUAGUGCUGAAUAAUUAAAAAUGAAGAUCAAUUAAUUUUCUAGAAUUAAGAAAUUGGCAGUUCUUUAACUUUUCAGAGUUUUUUUAUUACUGGCUCCUGUGCACUAGGUUAUUUAGAUUUAUAUAAAAUUGGGAGGAUACUAUCCCAACCACUGAGUCCCUUCUGAAUGACAAAUUACAACAUUCUAACAAAACGGACCAUAUAAAAUGCAAUAAUAAAGUUCAUUAUAUUUUUCUAAACUACUUUGCAGUGGGUUCUUAUUAUCUCCAGCCCAGCACCAAUUUAGUCAAACUCUCUGUAGCCCAACAUCAUUUUCCAGAAGAAUUCAUAUCAGAGAUCCACUAUUUUGUACUCCUGCAACAGUAGCCCAGUAUCCUAGCACUUCAGAGGAAAGUCCCAGUAAUAGAUAUCUAUGUUAGGAGAGCUCCUUGGGGCAUUGAGAGGCAGCUUCUUCUGGGAUGAGGACAAAGCUGGCACAAAAAAAAAUACAAAUGCAUUUGGUACUAAUUUCCCGUCAAAACAGCCUUUACAUAUUCCCUUCAAGUACUAGACACCAAUAUUUAAGUACAAUCAAAAUCAGAAUCAGGUUUAAUAUCACUGACAUAUAUUGUGAAAUUUGUUGUUUUGUAGCAAUAUAUAAAAUAUACUAUAAAUUACAAUAAGAUAUAUAUAUAUAACUAGAGCAAACCUUCAUCUACACACUUGGUUAUGUUGGAUUAGGGUCUAAAUUGUCAUUUAUCCUUCUAGUUUAACUUUCUUUAUGCUUACUUAUAUGUUUCUAUAAUCACCUGUUUGUGGAUUUUGUGUUAUUUCUGGCUUAGCUUAUUCUGUAUUUUUGUAGUUUCUAUGUACUGUACUGCAGUGCAAUACAUAAAAAAUAUAAAAUACAAUAGGAAAUAUUUUAAAAAUAAAUAAGUAAUGCAAAAAGAGAUCAAAAAUAGUGAGGUAGUGUUCAUCGGUUGGUUUAUUGUCCAUUCAGAAAUCUUAUGGCAGAGGGAAGAAGCUGUGCCUAAAACAAUAUUAUGUACAUUUAAAAUAUACAUAAUUUCUGUGCUGUUUAUCUCCAUCUAGAUCAGAUGCUUAGACAAACUAUUUCUGUUCCCCUGAACAGGCUAUGGCAUUUGAGUUAAACUUAAAUGCUAAUGAAGAAAGUUUAGCACAGAUUCCAGUAUUCCCAUAGUGCCUGAGUGAUGUGGAUAUUUUCUAUAUCAGAGUUGCUGAUAUUGGGGGUCAGCAGGUAAUCCCAUAUACUGUAUUUGUAGUCACGGCUUUGAACUCCCCAGAUAAACAAAAGGAACAAAAAGAGUAAUUUCAUUUUUUUGUCUGGUGACGUUAGUGAGUAAAGCUGUUCAUUGUGUGGAUGCCAGCAAGAUUGUUUUCAGAAUAGGUUUACACUCUCCUUAUGACAGGUCAAAACUACGCAAUUGUAUCACUUUCUUCAGCUCACUAAUUUUACCUGCAGACAAAGACCUGUUCAGAACAAACUAGAAUUAAUAAUAAACUAAGAAGGUUACCAAAACCUCCAUCAAAAUCUUCUUUUAAUAAAGUGAACUGAUUUUUGUGACAGAGAAAUAGUAUUUAUGCAACAGUUUGAUUUUUCCUGAUGCAGAUUAAUAGCUACCACUAAAUCUGUGGAUGCUUCUUAGCAGGUGAGUACACUGAAUUGAUUAAUACCGAGCUGUCCUAUGCUCACUUCUGUCGAUAAUAUUAAUUAGAGCUAGAGCAGCAUUAGCAGUGUUACAUUUGGUUUCUGGGACUAUGCAGUUGAGAUAGGUUAGAACACCUGCUUUCUACCUGCAAACCCAGUUGUGAGGUCUGUAAUAGGAGCAAUUGCUUUUGGGUUCUGUUAUGUUCUCAUCCUGCCAAAUUUGAGACUGAAUUCUUCAAGUGGUCAUAAGCCUUUCAAUCAAACUGUUCCUAUACAUCACAUGACUGGGGAUAGUUAGUCAGGCUGGUUUGUCUGGUGUGAGAAAUGGAAGAAUAUCACAGUUACAGUGUGGAAUACUCCUUUGUCCUUGACAAGGCCCUUUCCUGAAGCACUGACUCUGCAGUGCCUUACUGUGAGAAGCUAAUGCUAACAUUGGAUGCUUGAAAUUGGAAUUGUAUCAUUUAACACCUCUCACUUUAUCAUAAACUCUGAAAUGUUUGUCUUAUUCCAGUUACUGAUUCUUGCGCCUCACCACAAACAACUGCUUUGUCCAUCAAAGGCAUUAGUGACAGACCAUCCCUGCAUGUUCACAUUUCCCUGUAGACACUCCCUCUUCUAGCUGAAGCCCUCUAAAUGCGAUUGUAAGAAGCCUAUCACCACUCUGACAGCAUUAACACACUCAGAGAGCAUGAGUCUGAGUGUGAGUGAAUCCCUGGCCCUUCCUAACAUAUGUUUCAACAACUCACCCAGCAAAGCAUUUCCUAAUCACACUCUCAGGAGUCUCGAACUGAUUUUUCUGCCUAAGUUAAGCUGAUGAUCAAAACAUAUUAGGAAACUAUAGGUGCAGGUGAAUAUUAUUUUUAUUCAGUCCUAUGCUCAUCAUAUUCAAUUAAGUGGGGGGUAGAAAUUAAUAUCUGUUACCAUUUUGUUUGUCCCAUUUUGGGACAUUUUGUACAAUUGGUACAGUUUCAGGGUACUCUGCAACCAGUCUACUGUAAUUUCAAAACUUUGACUAUUGAUCCUAUUUUCAUUUAAUUUGGUUUUGGAAUGUCCUCACACUACGCAGAGAGAGACUUGCAUAUAAUGGUGAUAAAUCCUCCUUGUUCAUGCUGCACUUGCAACAGACACUUCACAUUCUCAUCUGUAUCUAGUUGUGUGGAAAUUAGGAUUUGUUUUCCUAAGCUAUCAUCUCCAAUACAUAAAGAUGAAUUGAAUUUUAAUACCCUUUCCCUACAAAUCACAACUUGACAGAUGCAAAGAUAUAACACAAAUACUUUAUAGCAGUUUGAGACCUUCCAAGACAGAUUUGGACUGUUUACUGUGAAAUAACAAGAGCCGUUUCAGAUAAAUCUUUCAAGAAGUGGGGAUUUUACACUAUCCCUACUAACACCAGAGCUUAAGAUUUCCUGCUCUACUGGGGCAUAGGAUAUUGUAAAGUGUGUAUUUGAGAGUGAAUUGUAAAUAAAGCAAAAUAAAAAAAGAAAUCAGGAAGGCAAGUUUCAAUACGUAUUAUCAAAGAGAAGAACUAAAAUUUGAUAUGAACCGUGAAUUUAAAAUAAAGAAUUACAAUUCAUCAUUACCAAGCUACUGAUAAAUACUAUCAUUUACCUUGGGGUGAAAGACAGAAAGGGCUGUUAACUGAAAUCUUCAAAUAUAUUAUAAUAUCUACCCAGUAUCGGAAUUCUAUUUAGCAACUGGUGUGGCCCAAGUAAAAUAUGAAAAAGUUAACUGGAGUGGAGAAGAGCUGUUGGACUCUUUCAGUGAUGCAGAGAACAAGCACACCCAUUAACCAUGUACAUUCAGAGCAGUCAACAAUCCCACUUCUUUAUUAGAUGUUUUUUAUUUGGGAUGGUGGUAGGACAGAAAACCUGAUCUUUUACAAAAAUACUGAUUUAAUUUUUUAAACUUAUUUUUGCUCAGACUUGUUUCUAGUGUGCCCAUCAAAGUCAAGAAUUCCAUUGAGAUUUUUGUGAAAAAGAAAAUGAAAUGUGAAAAGACUCUGUAAAAUAAUAAAUUUGAUGUAUAACAACAGUAACAUGCCUCGUAAAAGGCAGUUAUUUAAUAUUUACCCAGCUAUUGCGGUGCUUUCUUCGCAGUACACAAGCUAUGGAGUGUGUUCUGUAACUAAAGCAUGCCAAAUGUAUUUUUGUGAGCCUUGUAAUUUACAGUCCUGUUUUCUGUACAGCAAUGUUUCAAAUGAUGGAGUUUAAACUGCCUGUUGUCACCAUGGGUUUCUCUGAUUUUAAACCCAUUGCGUUACCGCACAGUGAUGUAAAGUUGUUUUCCCCCUUUCCCCUUCCAAAAUUAUGUCUGCUUUUAUUGAACCAUGUUAGUGCCGAGUAAUCCUAGUCCUUGUACAAAUCUUCCCUUCUCAAUGCUGUGUAUUUAUGAAAUUUACAAAGUGGAUGAAGCAAGAGACCUCUGAUGAAGCACGGGCCUGUAUUGUGAGGGAUUUAUCUGAACACUGAAUUCCCAGUCUGUGACUUUGGAUGAUCUCACUAUGCAUCCGUAGUGGUGGAUACUUGAGCGAAAGGGUCGGUAACUAACUGCUGUAACAGGCUUGGGAAAGCAAGGCUGGAGAUGGAAACCUCUACUUCAGCACAGAUAAGUCUCUGCCAACCAAAAUAAUCCAAGCAACAGGUAGCCAAUGGGUGCAGCAGAAUGACAUGUUCAUUCUACUCUCAGUCAACUUCUAGAGGGGAUUUAUGGAGGAUUUUUAAAGCCAAGUUGGUUUUAUAGUCGCGUGAACGAGAUAGUGGUUUAAAAAAAAGCAGAUGAUCAUAAUGAUAAUUAAACUUUUGUCAGGCCCAUGGUUAGGUUCAGUUCAGCUCCAUUUUUUUGUGUACUAAAUAGGACUGCCCUUUAUCAUUUUUGUAAGGGGAGCAGCAGGGAAACAUUGGUGAAAGUACAUAGUGAGAUUUUACUGUAUAUAUUGUGUUAGCAUGUCAGAAUAUGUGAUGUGAAUUUUAGAUGUAAAUACUUCCAGUUAGUUUUCCUAUUCACCAAAUUGCUGUUAUGUGUAAUUCCUUAAUGCCUAAAAUUAAAGCCUUGAUUUAA